CAACGUCCAUAUCAACAAUGACCUAUACAUGUUUAAAUGCACACAAAUAACUUCUUCUAAGCUAAUCUGUCGAUGUAUAUUAUAUUGUGUGUGUGAAAUCUUACUUAUUUGAGUGAUAAUGUUACUGGUUCAUUUUAAAUACUUUACAAUUGAUUACUAGUAUUGAAAUUGAUACAACUUUAAGACAUGGCGGAACAAGGAUUGACAGAAGAUCAAUGUGAACAUAUUACCGGUGUGUUCAAUUGGUUUGAUAAAAAUGGCGAUGGAAAAAUCGACGCCAAAGAAUUGGGAUUGGCUCUACGAUUAGAGGGAUUAAACCCAACAGAAAAAGAAAUAACAGAAAUGAUUCAAAAAGUAGAUAUUGAUGACGACGGACAGAUUAACCACAAGGAAUUCAUGAAAAUGAUGGAGGAACAGGUUUUAAAUACAGACGAGAAAUCAAAGCUUCAAGAGGCAUUCAAAAUAUUUGAUAAAAAUGAUGAUGGUCGAAUAUGUGCAUCAGAACUUACAGAAGCUCUCACAUCGAUCGGAGAAAAGUUAUCACGAGAGGAUAUCAGUGAGUUAAUGAAGAGAGCUGACAUAGAUAAAAACGGAACCAUUUGCUAUAAUGAGUUUGUCGUUUUAAUGACUGAUAUGAAUCCAGGAAGUAAAUCCUCGACCAAAGCAUGCUAAAACGUUGCUAUAUCAACAAUUUAGUGACUUUAAAAUAAUAAUUUAAGGAAUAAAGAAUAUAAAUUUAAA